CAUCCUACCACACCUCACCAGCAGUCCAGAACCCGGUUCACACCCGAGCCGACCCUGGACAAGGUCGAGGGUAAUAGAGAUAGCAGGGAGCACCGCAUCAUAACCACAACAACAGCUGCCAACAUGAACCACCACCAUCAUCACACGCAGCAGCAGCAGCAACAGAAAGCCGGCGAGCAGCAACUCAGCGAACCAGAGGAUAUGGAGAUGGAAGCUGGGGACACAGAUGACCCCCCAAGAAUUCCAGCCAAUCCAGUGAUCAAUGGUAAUGUGGCUAUGGCAGAUGGACACAACAACACAGAGGAGGACAUGGAGGAUGACACCAGCUGGCGGUCUGAGGCAACUUUCCGGUUUGUGGUAGAACGCUUCAGCCGCUUAAGUGAGUCGGUGCUCAGCCCGUCCUGCUUUGUCCGUAACCUUCCAUGGAAGAUAAUGGUGAUGCCACGUUUCUAUCCUGACCGGCCGCACCAGAAAAGUGUGGGUUUUUUCCUGCAGUGUAAUGCAGAGUCGGAUUCUACGUCAUGGUCAUGCCACGCGCAGGCCAUGCUGAAAAUCAUCAACUACAAAGAUGAUGAAAAGUCAUUCAGUCGCAGAAUUAGUCACCUGUUCUUCCACAAAGAGAAUGACUGGGGCUUCUCCAACUUCAUGUCCUGGAGUGAUGUGACUGACCCAGAGAGGGGCUUCAUCGAUGAUGAUAAAGUCACCUUCGAAGUCUAUGUCCAGGCAGAUGCUCCACAUGGAGUAGCCUGGGACUCUAAGAAACACACAGGCUACGUUGGACUGAAGAACCAGGGAGCUACCUGCUACAUGAAUAGCCUGUUACAGACACUGUUCUUCACCAACCAGCUACGACGGGCGGUGUACAUGAUGCCCACAGAGGGGGAUGACUCAUCUAAGAGUGUACCCCUGGCACUGCAGAGGGUUUUCUAUGAGCUGCAACACAGUGACAAACCCGUCGGCACCAAGAAGCUCACCAAGUCCUUUGGUUGGGAAACACUAGAUAGCUUCAUGCAACAUGAUGUACAGGAGCUAUGCAGAGUGCUCCUGGACAAUGUGGAGAACAAAAUGAAAGGCACUUGUGUUGAGGGAACAAUCCCCAAGCUCUUUAGAGGAAAGAUGGUGUCAUAUAUCCAGUGUAAGCACGUUGACUACCGAUCGGAGCGGAUAGAAGACUACUAUGACAUUCAGCUUAGCAUAAAAGGAAAGAAGAACAUCUUUGAGUCAUUCAAAGACUACGUUGCUACUGAGCAGUUGGAUGGGGACAACAAAUAUGAUGCAGGAGAACACGGACUGCAGGAAGCAGAAAAAGGAGUGAAGUUUCUUACCUUCCCACCAAUCCUUCACCUGCAACUGAUGAGGUUCAUGUAUGACCCACAGACUGACCAAAACAUCAAGAUUAAUGACAGGUUUGAGUUUCCAGAUCAGUUACCUCUGGAUGAGUUCCUUCAGAAGCCGGACUCCAAGGACCCAGCCAACUACAUCCUGCACGCGGUGCUUGUGCACAGUGGGGACAACCAUGGCGGUCACUACGUCGUCUAUCUUAACCCAAAAGGAGACGGCAAAGUGAGUGUCAAGGAACCAAUAUGGUGUAAGUUUGAUGAUGAUGUGGUGUCGAGGUGCACCAAGGAGGAAGCUAUAGAACACAACUAUGGCGGUCAUGACGAUGACCUCUCAGUGCGCCACUGCACCAACGCAUACAUGUUGGUUUACAUCCGCGAGUCCAAGCUCAGCGAGGUGCUCCAGCCAAUGACCGACGUGGACAUUCCCCAGCAGCUGGUAGAGCGUCUGCAGGAGGAAAAGAGGGUGGAAGCACAGAAGAGGAAGGAGCGCCAGGAAGCCCACUUGUACAUGCAGGUCCAGAUGGUGACAGAGGACCAGUUUUGUGGUCAUCAGGGCAAUGACAUGUAUGAUGAGGAGAAGGUCAAGUACACAGUCUUCAAGGUCCUGAAGAGCUCCACGCUGCAAGAGUUUGUCCAGAACCUUUCCCAGACGAUGGGUUUCCCACAGGACCAGAUGAGACUGUGGCCUAUGCAGGCCCGAAGCAACGGAACCAAGCGACCUGCUAUGCUUGACUAUGAGGCUGACUGCAACAAGUCUAUGAUUGACUUGAGUGACAACGAGAACCCCUGGACAAUAUUUCUGGAGACAGUGGAUCCAGAGAUGGCGGCCAGCGGGGCCACGUUACCCAAGUUUGAUAAAGACCAUGAUGUCAUGUUGUUCUUGAAGAUGUAUGACCCCAAAACCAGAAGCUUAAGUUAUUGUGGACAUAUCUACACACCUAUAUCCUGCAAAAUAAGAGACCUGCUGCCAGUCAUGUGUGAGAGAGCAGGGUUUCAGCAGGAAACUAGCCUUAUCCUCUAUGAGGAAGUAAAGCCCAAUCUAACAGAGCGGAUACAGGACUAUGAUGUCUCACUGGACAAGGCCCUGGAUGAGCUCAUGGACGGGGACAUCAUUGUCUUCCAGAAGGACGACCCCGAAAAUGACAGCAGUGAGUUGCCCACAGCGAAGGACUAUUUCCGUGAUUUGUACCACCGGGUGGAUGUCAUUUUCUGUGACAAGACCAUCCACAAUGACCCCGGCUUUGUGGUCACACUCUCAAACCGAAUGAACUAUUUUCAGGUGGCCAAGACGGUAGCACAGAGGUUGAACACAGAUCCCAUGCUGCUGCAGUUCUUCAAGUCACAGGGGUACAGGGACGGUCCAGGGAAUCCUCUCAGACACAACUAUGAGGGAACGCUGCGGGACCUGCUGCAAUUCUUCAAACCUCGGCAGCCCAAGAAACUCUACUACCAGCAGUUAAAGAUGAAGAUUACAGACUUUGAGAACAGGAGGAGUUUUAAAUCCAUAUGGCUCAACAGCCAGUUCAGAGAGGAGGAAAUCACCCUCUACCCUGACAAGCACGGCUGUGUUCGGGAUCUGUUGGAUGAAUGUAAAAAGGCAGUGGAACUCUCAGAAAAAGGCUCUGAGAAGCUCAGGCUGUUAGAGAUAGUAAGCUAUAAAAUCAUUGGAGUUCACCAGGAGGACGAGCUGCUAGAAUGUUUAUCUCCGGCUGCCAGCCGCACCUUCAGAAUAGAGGAAAUUCCUUUGGACCAGGUGGACUUGGACAAGGACAGUGAAAUGUUAAUCCCUGUCGCCCACUUCCACAAGGAAGUGUUUGGCACCUUUGGGAUCCCCUUCUUGCUGAAGAUCAGACAGGGAGAGUCAUUUCGGGAGGUAAUGAGGAGGAUCCAGACCAUGCUGGACAUCCAGGAGAAGGAAUUUGAGAAGUUUAAGUUUGCGAUCGUGAUGAUGGGCCGGCAUCAGUACAUCACUGAGGAUGAGUAUGAAGUCAACCUGAAGGACUUUGAACCACAGCCAGGUAACAUGUCCCACCCGCGCCCCUGGCUAGGGUUGGAUCAUUUCAACAAAGCUCCAAAGAGAGGUCGCUACACCUACCUGGAGAAAGCAAUCAAGAUCCACAACUAAAGCAGCCCGCCCUUCCUCUUUGUCCUCCUCCACCUCCUCCUCAUACUCCUCCUGCUCCUCCUUCCUUCCUGCCCAACCUACUUUAACACACCAUAACCACAGACUGUAACCAACCGUGCGUGUGUGUGUGCGCAUUUGUGCGUGAGAGGACUGUGUGAGUGUGCUUGUAUGCGAGUGAGUGUGUGUGUGUUCAUCACUUUUAACACCCCGCCUGGACACCUCUACAGCUCUACACCGGCACUACGUCUUCAGCGAUACGGAUCUUUGCUGCAGCUGACGGAUUAUUCUUCAACCACAAAAUAAACUGCACCAACCACCUCGUCACUGUAUUUUUUUUUUCUCCUUUUUUUCCAUUUUUUUUUUAAUUUUUAUUUUUUAAUCGUCUUCCUCUACUGUGAGGCUGUUCGGUUUUUCUUUUCUUUCUGGCUUCUCUACUUGUUGACUGCCUGUUUUUCCUUUUUUUUUUUUUUGUUGCCUGUUUGGAUGCGGGACAAGUGAAAUUGGAUUUUAAUAGAAAUACACAGAUAGGAGAGAGGAAGUGGGACACAGUUUGAGAUAAUUUUAUAUAUAUAUAUAUCCUAUAUAUAUGUAAACUUCGAGACUUCGUUUUUUUCCAUCUUCCACCUCACUCACCAGCUUCUUCUGUUUUUUUUUUUUUUUUUUUUUUUUUUUUUUCUUCAGGUUUUUGGGGUUGUUUUUAAAUAGAGUUGUUUGAAGAGGCAUUAUGCUGCUGUGUGGAGAGUUUGACGGGAGGAUGUUUGCAAGGACUUAACUGACAGACAAGCGCGAUGGCGGUUGACAGUCGUUUUGAAGUGGAAUUUUUCCAGAAAAAAGAGAAAAAAAAAAUCAGCCGCGUCCAUGUUCCGUUUUUAAAUGACCAAGGCUCUUACCUAGUUGCCCUGAUGUGGUGGUUCUACUUUCUGCUCCCAUCCUUUUAGUGCAACAAAAUUAAAGUAUUUCCAAGUUUACACACAGAUCUUUCGCACUUAGUUCAGUGUGAGGAAUAUAUGACUUUUUUUUUUUUGUCUCUUUCUGCCGACCAUGUAUAAUAAAUAAAACGCCACAGCAUCUGUUUAAAAAUAAACGGGGGAAAAAUAAGGAAGAAACUUGUCUGUAUUUCAUCUUGCACGUUAGCACUUACUGUCAGAGGUUUAACGUUUCUCAGGACUGGCAAAUGUAAAGUUAGUUUGUGGUUUUGCGUUGCUCUGUGACGUUACCAGAACACACAUGCACGGACAUUACUCCCUUUUUGAUUUUAUCCUUUUUUUUUUUUUGUUUCUUUUUCUUUGUCAUUCCUCCUUUUUGAACAAAAACCGUGCACACACACAAGCUUCUUCUUGUCCCACCCUCCUGUCUUCUGUCUCCUAUAGUCUGUCGCCUCCUGGUGGUUGGGAGCAGUAACUGCGCUGUGCUUGGUAGGGUGCCUCGAGCACUUAGAGCCCCACAGGUCUGAGGAUUGUGUAGAGACAAAACCAGCAUUGUAAGAAACACUUUAAGCCCUUAUGAAUUUAUUUUUCUCUCUUUUCUUUUAAAGCACAGAUGGAAUGCUCCCCUAAUAGCGCUAGCUGGCUCUGUAAAGACAACAUUUAAGAAUUGUAUAUUUAAAAAUAUGAACGUGUAAAAUUAAAGAGAAACACGCCUUUGUUGUUGGGUACAGAAGGAGCCAGGUGUUCAUAUUUCUUGUGUGUAGGUUUAUUUUCUUUUCUUUUUUUUCUUUUUGCGUUCCUGAUGUACCAUUGAUUUUUUUUUUUUUUUCCUUUUUUUUUCUGUUACAUUUGGAUUUUUUUUUUUUUUUUUUCAAAACUAACUGCAUUGGUUUUGUCUUGUUAAAGUGCAGUACAAAGAUGACCUGCAGGAUCACACCUUAAUUUGAUCUUUUCCAGUUUAAAAUCCUCAGUGUAGCAGCAGUGUACGACAACUAUUCCUGUAUAUUGCCUUUUUGCUGGAAAAUGUAUGUUGAAUAAAAUUUUCUAUAAAAACAAAA